AUGGAAACUUUCAGGGAAUUCUCUUGGGAGGAUGAGAAUCUGGAUAAGAUCUACCUCAAUGAUAACAACUGCAAGAAAUGUAAAUGCACCAAUAAGAGAAGGGAACUAGAGACGUGUCUAGACGCAGUGGGAAAGGGUGAUGAAUAUAAUAGAAAUUAUAAAAAAGUUAAUUCGAAUAAGUACAUUUCAGAUGAACCAAAGAAAAAAACACCUGACUUUGUCAUUAAUUAUUAUUAUGAAUGGGCUGACAUACCCAAAAUUACCAACUUGCCUUAUGGAUUAAUUAAUAGGGAUAAAAACAAGCUCCUGAAUAGUUGCAUACGUUAUAUGAACAUACAUUCAAAAGAGAAUCAAUCUAAUGAUCCUAAUAAAAGAAAUGGGGUUAAUAUGAAAUGUGAGCUACUCGACACUUCUGAUUGUGUGAACAUAGCUAACGCUGUGGAUAUUGAUCAAAAUGAUAUGAACAUGGCUAAUGAUAAUGUGAACCCACUGAACGAUGAUACGCUCAAUACAGUUAAUUUAGAAAGUGCCAACCCAACCAACAGUAACUUCAAAGAAGCGCAUGACACCUAUGACAUGCAAGGUGCAAUAGAAUUUAUGGAAAAUAUCAUAUACGAAGAUAUACUGGAUUACAUUCACAAAUUGGAGAAAAUGGGAUCAAAACUCAAGUGCACAAAUGAUCCCUUUGUUGCAUCAGAAGUGGUGAAAGAGGAUAAAAAAAAAAAACCAUACUUGUGCAUGAACAAUUCAGGGUCGAUGUCAGAAGAAAAGACAACAUUGGAAAAAGAGGAAUCGCUUGAUACCGGAUCUAAUGGAGAGUUAGUUCAGACGUGUAGCAAUAUAAUCCAGAAUAGUUUUUUUAGAGAGAAUGAGAAGGAGACAAGUUGGGUUAAGGAUUUCAUAAUUCUAACAAAUAUGCAGAUCCUGGCUAAAUACACGAAGACUUUUACAGAAUGGGAGAAGGUAGAAAGAAUUUUGUCAUAUUUAAUAAAUCAUUGCUGUAGCCCAAGAUCUUGUUUAUGUAAAAAAAGUUUUUUAACAAUGAAACAUUUGUGUAUAAGUAUGCAGGAUAACAAAAUAAAUUUAUGUAAAUAUUUUUUGAAAACAUUUCCACAUAUAGUAAGAAAAAUCGAUUCAAAAAAUCAUUUCUUAGAUGAAUGUUCAACCAAAGCGAUAGAAGAAUUCAUGGCACAUAGUAGUGGGGUAAACAAUUAUGAAAUGCUUAGGAUGAUAUGUUCUUAUUCAGAUAAUAAAAAUUCCUGUAUCAUAAAAAAGCUUUCUUCCUUUGUUUUUUUAUUUUUAAAUAAUUUACCUAAGAUAGAUUUAAUGAAUCUACCCAUUAGUGAUUUUUCAGAAUCCUUUUUAAAUUUCAUGAAUGCCAAACUUGAAGAAACCAAGAAAUUCAUGAAAAGAACUUUUGCCUUGCUCUUAACCAUACACAACCAAGAUGAUCUUGUCAAGUACAUUUUAGAUGGAAUUCAGAAAAAAAAUAAUAUUUUCAUCUUGGAGAAGCAGAUACGGGUUUUCCUUCAAAGUAGCACAAGUACAAUUUCUCAACCAUUGGAAAAAAAGUAUGCUACAUUUCAUGAAUUUAAAAAUGCCAAUUCCUUAGGACGCGCACACAAAACAUCAUCCUUUAACUUGUAA